AACGAUCAGACCUCAGUUUUCACAGUUUUCUCUCCUUCGAAUCCAAUUUUCCCUCUAUCUAUCACUUUUCGUAUCCUCCAAACCACAUCACCACAGCCACCAUGCGCAUCGCCCAGCUCCUAGCCCUCAGCGGCCUCAUGCUCGCAACCACCGUCACAGCAGGCGGCGAGCUAGACCGCAACGACGUCCCCAACGGCUGCUGGGACGCCUGCGGCCCAGUCGUGAACCUCACGCACUCAUGCGACGCGCGAACCGACAACGACCGCGCCGAGCUACAGUGCAUCUGCGACUGGGACCGCGCCUCGACCCUUAUUCCUCUGUGCGAGGCCUGCAUCGGGUACUACCGCACCCAGCACCACGACCACGAUGACGACGAUGAUCAUGACCAUGACCAUGACGACGAUAACAACAACCCCCACGAUAACGACGCAUACGAUAUCCUCACCUCAUGUUCCCUCUCCACCACCACCUGGAACCCCGCGGCCGCGACCUCGGCCCUAAGUAACUCGACCACCGCGAACCCGACGACCACUGGUACCGGCGCCGCGGGCGCCUCGGCUACCGGUUCUGGAAGCGCUGGUGCGGAUGGUGGUAGUGCGACGGGCCGGAGUGGCUCGGCCACGGCGACUGCUGGCGCUGUUGGCUCGGUUUCCGCGGAGGGGGCUCGCACGACGGAGAAUGCGGCGCCUGGGGUUGCUGGGCCGGCGGCUGCGUCUUUGGCGGCUGUUGUUGGGGUGGGGUUUCUUGUUUGGUUGUGAGCUUGUGAGAGUGUGGGCUGUUGUUGUUCAGGAUGAGGAGAUGGAUUUGGUGGGGGUGGGAGGAGGCUGAAGGGAGAUUGACGGUUUUCUAUGAUUGAUGGACUAUGAGUG